AUGAGUCGUUUUACACCUUCUAAAACACUUUUUAAAGACAGUAAAGAAAUCGAUAAUUAUGUUUUACACAACUUUGGCAAGAAACCGACUUCGAUCCAAAUUAAACAUUACUGGAACUCUAUCGCAAAAUUGUAUUUCAAUCUUGGGAACUACAGUAUGACUGCAGAAUUUCUUUUUAGAUUAUUAUUAAUUAGCCCUCAAAAUUACGAGGCAUUAGAAUUACUAGGUACCACAUAUAAAAAACAAGAAAAGUUGUCAAGCGCAUUAGAAUAUUACGAAAGAGCUCUUUUAACUCCAAAUGCACCACAAACUCUUGCAUAUGAUGCUGCUGAGCUAUGUAUACAGUUAGCGAAAAUGCAAAAGGAAGAAUCAGAAAUUAAAAGGUUGACGACCAAAGCCUUACAUUGGAUAGAAAGAUCACGUUCAUUGAAUAAUAAUAAGUACGACAUUCUAGCAAUUCAAUUAUUACAAAAAACAUAUGCUAUUCUGGUACGCUAUGCUGAAAAACAAUUAGAUAAACGCUCAUGUCUGAAACGCCGAGAAGGAAUGCCCCCAGUGGUAACCAUCAAAUGGAUCGAUGACUCCGUAAAAGAUCUAAUCUCAUUAGAGGAAACAUUUAUUGACCCCUCAUUACAAAUAUUGUUAACAAAGAGUCUGUUAAAAAUUCAAGAUUAUCAACGAGCAUGGAAACAUAUAACUCAACGUCGCUAUAACUUUGUUGAUAGUUUAGAAUGGAACAAUUUUAUUAAAUCAACGUUUUCAAAAUUAAAAUUGGAGGCCACAAUCGAUAACCAAAAGGACCCUUUACAUGAACCUACCGAAUUGAUAUUUUUUGCACAUGAUAACGUUGUGAGAUUAUCACUGAGUUUGUUUCGUGAAGAAUCCGUUAGACUUGUAAAAGAAUUUUCGGAUUCAGUUAAAACUUGGGGAAUUCCUGAGUCACAAAAUCUUCAGUUAGUCGAAAAAUGGACACGAUUUCAACAGGAAUAUCAAUCGAGAAGUUUACGACACGAUGGUUAUUUCCAAUUAUAUCUUGUCUCUUCUGAUCUGGUUCAAUUCCAAAAUGCUUCUAUAAUACAAAAAAAUCAAUACCACCUAAAUGCUGCUUACUUAAAGUUCAAAUCAUGUUUAUAUUUUCGACGUGAAACUUUCCGUGAUCCUACUCGUCCGAUCAGCCAUUUUAUCUAUCUAAUGUGCCAACGUAUUAGUGACGUUUCUCACCAACUUCUUGUUUUAUUGCAGUGUUUUGAUUAUCUGUGGUUAAACAAAAACGAUGAAGCAAAUGUCAUUUUCAGGUCACAUUCUAAAAAUGAUGAUGCCACACAGAAUUUUGUUUUGCCUGGACAUAAAAAAUUUCUUAAAAAUUUGCACAGAGAGGUUGGCAAGAAAUCAUUAACAGAAUUGAAUAUGUUGAAAUGGUUAUCUAAAACGGCUCUUCAGAUAGACAAAAUAGCCUUUUGUGCUCCAUAUGAUUUGGAUCGAUUUUUGAUGAUCUCAGCUUGGUACAUAGAAAAUGGGGAGAUAAGAGACUUUUUAAGACUUAUUUUUCCUAAUUUACAAGAUUGCCUAAAGAUGAAGGAACCGAGAAAGGCUGCUAAUGUACAAGAAUCACCUAUAAAGGCUAUAACCACGUUGUUUGAAAAUGUAUCAUCACUUGAUCAACUUGGGACUAAUUGGGAAGAGUUUUUAUCAAAGAGAGUCGUUACUACAAGAAAGAGUUCUAUAGUUGAAAUUCCAACAUUGGUCGAUAUUGAAUUCUUCCUUUUAAUUUUAUUGAUACAAAGACAAUAUCAUUGCAUUAACAGGCUAGGAGCCAAAACUUUAGGUCAAAUAUUGUAUUUAACGUCAAGAGGUUGUUGGAAAACUAGCGUAAAUCAGAAAAGGUUUUGGCAAACAUUAUUAUCAUUUUAUGGAAAGAAUGAUCCAGAUAAACGUAUUUACGCGAGUAAUCUAAUGCCUAAUGAAGAAUUUACACAAUGCCUUCGAGAAAUUCGUGGUGACAUUAAUAUUCGAGAUUAUGAUUUUUAUGAUGAUCAAGGUAAAUUGAUUGUGAAUUUGCAAAAAGACUUGUUUUUGAUUAUGGCUGUUUUAUAUGAGUCGAUGAUUCAUCAUCAUCAUAGAUCGCGUUUCGUUGAAGGUUUACUUUGUGUGGAAACCUAUCAAAACUGGGAUCAAAAUAUUUCAAAAAAAGAACCCACGAGUUUUUCAUUGUAUGAAAAACAUGAAAGAUUUUUUAUUCUUGAUACGGAAAUCAAAGAACCAGGAUAUCGAGUAUUUAUUCCUGAUAAUAAUGAUUUGGGACCGAAUGAUUUGACUGAACAUUUAUCAACAAUAUUCAAUCUCCAUGAUGAAUCUACAAUACAACAAAAUGAUUCAGUAAAUUGUCAAUUUGAUGCAUCGAUUGAUGAUAUUGAUACCUUUUUAGAGGAGAACUCCUCAACGGAUCAGAUAGAUAUUUCAUUCGAAAACGAAAGUAAGGUUGAUGAUUGUGAUAGUGAUGGUGAAUACGUCCAAACUUCAAUGGAAAAUAAUCUUGAUAUUUUUGCUGAACCACUGAAUCAAGAAGCGAAUCUUAUUUCUGAUGAAUCGAUUAAUGAAGAAAAAUCGGUUUUAUCAGAUUUUUUUGUUGAUAUAAGUGAAGGUGAAAAUGAAGAAAGUGAUGAAGAGGAUGAAGAGAAUGAAGAUGAAAAUGAAGAAAGUGAUGAAGAUGAAAAUGAAAAUUUAUAUGAAGAGGAGAAUUUAGAAGAUGAUGAAAGUUUAGAUGAUGAUUUAAAUUUAAUUAAUGAUGAAAAUUUAAAUGAUGAUUUAAACUUAAAUGAUAAUGAAAAUUUAAAUGAUGAUUUAAACUUAAAUGAUAAUGAAAAUUUAAAUGAUGAUUUAAACUUAAAUGAUGAUGAAAAUUUAGAUGAUGAAGAAGUUUUAGAAGAACAAUUUCAUUCCAUGAAUGUCACAUCCCAAGGAAAUAUGCCUGUACAUGAGAAACCUUUGAUUGGUGCCGAUACUUCAUUUUCAGCCAUUGAUAAGCGAUUCGAGGAAGAUUGGGAAGUGAGCAUGAUAAGAAAUGUAGAAGACGGGGUCAAAACAGAUUUAUUAAAGGAAAUCACCGAAGGUUCAUCACAAGAAAAUAAAGUUGAUGAUAAAAAUGAUGAGAAUUUAAUAGGACAAUUGCCUAUCCUUCCGAUAACUGAUGAAGUAAACUUGGAGAUAGAAGAUACAAACCCUUCAUAA